CGCCUGCUUCCUUGCCAGCCGGCAUCAGCCUCAAGCAACCCAUUCUCGACCUUGUUCUCUAACCAAGUCACCAACGUCUUCUAAUUCGUUGCUGGAAUAGAAAUACACUCGUCUUCGACUCACAACAGCCCUCGACCUCCACAAUGUCGCAAACACAGGACAAGCCGAGCGCGCCCAUUAACGUCAAGCUCCUUCUUAUCGGCAACUCCUCCGUCGGCAAGAGCAGUCUCCUCCUACGCUUCUCGGACGAGCAGUGGUUGCCAGAGGAUGAGUCGAAUGCGACGAUCGGUGUGGACUUCCGGGUACACAAGAUGGAGGUGAAGAGCAAGCGGGUCAAGCUGAGCAUAUGGGAUACUGCCGGCCAAGAACGCUUUCGGACCAUCACUUCCUCGUACUACCGUGGAGCCCAGGGCAUCAUCCUCGUCUACGACGUCGCGAACCGCGAGUCCUUCGAAGCGCUGCCGCGGUGGUUCUCCGAGCUCGAGACAUAUGUCUCCAGCUCCGUCGUCAAGAUCAUCGUCGGCAACAAAGUUGACAAGGAGUACUCACGACAGGUGUCCACGGCGGAGGGCCAGGCGUUCGCGACGCGCAUGGGCGCGCUGUUCAUCGAGGCGUCCGCGAAGACCGCGGUGGGCGUCGAGGACGCGUUCCGCGACGUCGUCGCGCGCAUCAUCGACACGCCCGAGCUGUGGCAGGCCGCCCCGCGCGCAGGCGCGGGUGCGGGGAAGGCGAGCGCGCGGCGUGACUCGGGCAACGACGACAUGCCCGGGAGCAUUGACCUCCACCAGGAGCAGGACGAGGCGGAGGGCGGGGGCUGUGCCUGCUGAGCGAGUGGGGCGGGCUGGAUUCUUGUGGAUUCUUGGACACGACUUGCUACGAAGAUUUCACGAUGGGACCUGGUGGCUACAGAGCUCGGUAAUAGGCCUCAUUUUGGCUUGACCCUCUAGGUCUGCUGAAUGCACGCUGGAGCCGUUGCGAUGAUUGUAUACUUAGAUAUAAUAUGCACUGCUUAUACCCUC